AAGAAGAAGAGGACCCGGACCAACCAUGGCUACAGCUGAUAGUGGCCUGAAGCCCCUUCAAAAUGCCAUGAAAAUGGCCAAAGUAGCGAUACAGCUGGACGGAGGGAGCAAACAUAAGGAAGCUUACUGUGAAUACCUCCGGACGAUCAACUACAUAUCACAUGCACUUUUGGAGGAAGCUGGGUCACAAAAGGAGAAGGAGAUGGUGGCGGUGGAGGGGGAGCGCAUGUUGAGGUUGGCUGAGCAGUGUUUGGAGCGAGCCAAGUCAUUUAUAGGAAAGAACGCUGACCCCCCUGACCUUUCUGCCUCCGCCUCCACUUCCUCUUGCUGGUCACCUGGCCAAUCACAACCCCAUCAGACCACUGUCCUCCCACCUGCCGUUGCCACAAACACUGUCCCUCCCUCUGACCCUCCUGUUGACGCAGGGCGUAAAGCAACCAGUCCGACAAAGGCCGGUCACCGCAGGGUGCUGUCAGAUGGUGGCGGGGAGCUCUCCCCUUUCCUGCCUCCUGAAGUCUUCCAGAGACUGCAAACAGUGGAGUCACAGGACAGAAGCAAAAAGGAGCUGACACCCAUCGAAGAAGCUUCACGUUUGAACCAGAAGUUGAAAGCCAAUUAUGAAGCUCGUCUGGCAAGGCUCACACCUGGUCAGGCUUACCAGAAGACGUCUUUGACGCUCUCUCUCCAGCGUCAGAUGAUGGAGAACCUCAUCAUAGCCAAAGCCAGGCAGGAUGCUCUUCAGCGGAAGAUGGAGGAGAGAAGACUAAGGCUACAGGAAGAGGCCAACAGGAGAUUUGCAGCGUCUGGAGCAAUGACAACAGAGGAGCAAGAGCAGCGCGUUCUCUAUACCAAUGUGCUGGAAUAUGAGCAAGACCAUGAUUGGCCCAAACUAUGGAAAGCUAACCUGAAGAAGAAUCCUGAUGAUGUCACUUUAGUAUCAGGCCUAGUCUCCUACCUGCUCAGCCGGUCUGACCACCCAGUGGUGAAGCUGCUGAGGAAACACCAGUAUCGGGUUUACAACAAGCUCUACCCCAUCAUCAGUAAAGGUCUCCCCCAGAGUCCUGCAGUGCCACUGAGACCUUCUCGCAGUACUCACAACCUGCUUCAUCCAGAGACGCAGAGGAAGCCAACUACAACUGCAGGCAGUAGUGUUGGUGCCCAGAGCUUCAGCACCGACUGCUCGCUCUCCCCCUCGCCCUCCCAUGACUUCAACACCAACUAUGACAACGAGGAAGGGGAGGAGCAGGUGACGGUGGACCGGGAGAACUCGUUUGAGGAUCUGGAGCAGUUCCUGACCCAGCUGGACUGGGCCCCGCCCCACGGCAACAUGGACGACACCUGCUCUGAUUCAGAGCUGACCUGUGAUUCGUCAAUGCAGCCGGAGCAAGAUGAGGGCCACAUCUCAGAGCUGGAGGGGAGAGCAAUGAAAGAACACCUGAAGGCUGUUGUCAAAGACAUUCAUAUAGCUAUUGAUCAGCUUCUCUCACUGUGUUUGCUGUCCUUUGAGUGUCUGAACACAGCCAGCUCUAAGGACUUGUGCCUCGCCAGCAUAGAAGAAGCCUUCUUCACACCCCUGUGGAGCGCCCUGGUGGCUCUUUUCAGGAAGGUCCACAGGGAAAGAGAGCUGGCCUUUGAGACCAGUUUGAAGCUGUAUCGGGAUGCUUCACCUGGAGAUGUUGGUGUACCUUUGAAACUGUUUCCCCAGGACCCUGGCGCAUUGCAAGGGUCCUACCCAUACGAGUCUGCUGUUCAGGAGCUUAAGCUUCUCACUAAAGACUGCUGUCCACAGAGGAAGUUGGAAUGUAUUGUGAGGACAUUACGCCUGAUCUGUGCUUGUGCUGAGGACUACAGAUGUCUUCAUGAGGUCGACUCAACACCCAAAACAGCUGCCAUCGGUGCAGAUGACCUGUUGCCCAUCCUGUCCUUCGUGGCUCUACGGUGCCAGUGUCCACAGCUGGUAUCUGAAUGUGCUGCUUUGGAGGAGUUCAUUCAUGAAGGCUAUUUAAUAGGAGAGGAAGGCUACUGUCUGACCUCCAUGCAGAGUGCCUUGGCCUAUGUUGAGUCGUUGCACACAGCAGGAACUCACCUUCCCGCAGACAAGUUCGUUUGAAACAGGCUGCAGCAGUCAGAGAGUUUUCCUGCUGCACUACAGAGAGACAACAGCUGAACCUGCAGCUCCCUGCAAGUUGUACAGACGCAUGUUAUCUUGUACAUACAUACUAUAUAUUUAACAGAAGGACUUCCUUUUCCUCCAAAAUCAGUGCCUAGGGAGUCCUGCCUAACCAAAUCAGACCCUGCAUGGGGCCAAACUGGCCUUUACUGGGUCCUCCUUAAAUAUCCCUUUUCAAACUGUAAAGAAGUGUUGCAUUGCCUAGCACUGGAUUGUUAAAGGGAUUACUGUAUGUGGUUGAGAUUGGAGUUAUCUUAGGGAACCUUUUGUAAGUGAUGCCAUUGAUUUAUAUGAAUGCUUACAGAGGAAUAAUCUGCAGAUGGUUUACAAAUGUAUUCCCUUUAUUUUCCUUCAUUCAGGAAACAAGUCAAAUCUGUGGGAACUAAGAUGAAAAAGCACUACUGAAGUUGUGUGUGAAUCAGCCAACCAUGUGUGCUCAGACUGAUAUUUGUCUACCUUAGAAUAUGCUAAUAGUGUUUCAUUGUUUUAGGAAAUCCUCGGGAAGAUCAGAACACCUCAGACUGAUAUUACAUCAAAGAUUUUUUUUAAUCCAUGUACCCUUUGGCAUUUUUUUUUUUUUUUUUUUUUUUACUUUUUACAAAUUACAGGCAGACUCAUAAAUAAGACUGUGUGUGUGUGAGUUUGUAAGUGUGGGGAUGAGUUUUUUUUAAGACUUGUACAAAAAUUCAUCCACAGACUUUGAAUUGAAUAUAUUAAUGUAUGCACUUUGGGCGUCGAGGCAUUCAUGGGUGACACUACACUGGGUGAUGGCUUUGAGUUCAGUCAGUAGAUCUAUUUGCAGACAGAUGUGCCUACGGAUAGAAACAGCGAUUGUCAGAUGUUAUAUAAUAGAGACGCAGUGAGACGCCGGAGGAGCACAAGAACAACUGCUGUGGAGAAAAACCUUGUUUAUAACAUCUGUCACUAUGUUUGCAUGUAACAGCAUGUUGGCUAACAUUUAAGUCAGUCAUACAGGAAUACAGUUUGGUAGUACUGUAGAUCGUAGUAAUACUGUUGCACUUUGUUAGUUUUCGCCACUUUUCCUGACGUGUGUGUGUGUGUGUGUGUGUGUGUGUGUGUGUGUGUGUGUGUGUGUGUGUGUGUGUGUGUGUGUGUGUGUGUGUGUGUGUGUGUGUGUGUGUGUGUGUUGCUUGUCAGACCAUUUGCAAGUCAAGCCACUGGGAACACUGGUAUAUGUGACCAUUAUCUUGCCAUUUUAACUUAAAAUAUAUCAUCAUAUAACAGUUAAUUUACUUUUGCUUCUCUGUCUGUGCACACUCAUGUUUGUGUUUGCCUUUUAAUUCUUUUUUUUUCAUUCCAAGGUGUAAAAUCAACAAACUCUCCAAAGGAAAGCAAAAACAUAAUUUCCAUUUGUACAUUUUUUUUUUUUUUUUUUUUUUUUUUUUUUUUUUAACCCAAUGUCCAUGCUAUUCUUUGAUGUCUGCAGUUCCCCAUAAUUUACAACCACUGAACCAUAAUUUAAAAGAAGCACUGCAUGCCAACCUGUAUAUUUGAAAAUGGAUUAUCCACAGGUAGUUAUUGAGGUGAUUAGAAAAUACUAGAUGCAUGGUAUUGAAGGGAUUGUUUUAUGUAGAUUUGACAUGACAGACUUCAGACUUCUACUUUUUUAAUGCUUUUCUCUGAGCCCUUGAAGCUGUUUGGUUUUAAGUAUGAGCACACACUGAAAUGAGUUCACGUGAAAGAGUCUUUUACUUUUGGAUUUUUUAGCCCCUUUACUGCAAAUGAUGUUUACUUAACUAUUUUCUAAAGCAUGCUGUUCUUUCAAGUCUUAAGUGUGUUUUCAUCACUUCCAGGUAUCCAUUGGUUUCUAUAUAGUGUACAAAUCGUCUUUUCAAAGAAUAGAAACUUGCUUUGUAUUGGUCCCUUUGUGUUACAGUUGCACUUGAAACUCAAAAUUAACUUCAGGUGUGCUGCUGUGGUGCAUGCUGGUGCUGCCAGUAAACUCAGACAUCCGAGACUUGCAGUAAUGUAACAACAAUGUGUCUUUACACAAAAAUGGUUAUGAUGAUGAUGUGAUCACCAACCUAAUGUUAAACAGGUUUCAAGUCUUUGUUGUAAUGUACUGGAAUGAAUGGAAACUAACAGCUAACAUUCACUUAUCUUUAACUAUAGUAUGCUUCAGUAGAUGGUCUGCAGUGAUUUAAACUAUACUUCAUGUGUAAUAAAUGGGCUAAAAUAUGCAAAAAUAUUGUUCAGUUUGUGUAUUGAAGACACACCUAAAGCAGACUUUUCCUUCAGUGUCUGUUCUCAGCUCAUUUAACAGACAGAAAACUUAGUUUUAUACAUUUUCAUUUCAUUGUGUUUGUCUCGUUUGCUUGCUUGAAUUGACUAUUGAAUAUAUUUUUUAUUUUGUAUGGGUCCAAAAGAUGUGAAAAUAUGUCUUGAGAACAGUGUUGGGUUACUACUACAUACAUUAACACCAAAAACAGAUUGAUGUUUAUAUAAAAACUUUAUAGAAUUCUAAUAAAAAUGGGAGGAUGCUGUGACAUUUUGCAAAGUGGAUUAAGCCACUACAUUAAUGUAAAUGAUUUAUUGUAUAGUUUGUGUUAAUUUUGAAAACUGAAUGUUAUUUCAUUAUUAAACUGUUUUACUGUGAAUACUUGGGAAUAAUAGGAUGAGAAUGAUGAAUGUGUGUGUUUGAGUCAAUAAAGACUGCAGAGAAAUGUUUAAAUCA